AUGAAGGCCUCCAUGCUGUCUGUUGCCCUGGCGCUCGCCCCCGGCGCCAUGGCCUGGAAGGAAGUUUCCGACUGUGACGAGAUCAAGUACACUUCCGUCCCGGGCUUCUUCCUCCAGGACGAUGCCAACACCGACCCCAACACCUUUGACUAUGCCAACUUCAACUUUGGUCUUCUCAACAGGACUUACCCCACUGAUGCCAAGUUCGACCCUCGCCACAAGAAGACCCAGUGGGAGCGCUUCGCCAACUACGUUGAGUCUCUCAACGACGACUGCCGCAAGAACAAGAAGGACCAGACCACUUACAAGGUGCUCUUCAUGGGUCGCCACGGCGAGGGAUGGCACAACGCCGCCGAGACCUUUUACGGCACCCCUGCCUGGAACUGCUACUGGGCUGAGCAGAAUGGCAACAGCACCGCUACCUGGGCUGACGCUGAGCUAACUAACAACGGCAUUGCCCAGACCACAAAGGCCAACGCCUACUUCAAGUCCCGCUUCGCCGACGGUCUCCCCUACUUUGAGUCGUACUACAGCUCGCCUCUCCGACGAUGCCUCCAGACGGCCCAGCUCACCUUUGGCAGCCUGAAGUUCCCUCACUCCCACCCCUUCAAGCCCACCAUCAAGGAGCUUUUCCGUGAGAGCAUCAGCAUCCACACCUGCGACCGCCGCUCCACCAAGACUCAGAUCCACGCUUUUGCUCCCAACUUCCAGUUCGAGGCGGGCUUUACCGAGGAUGACGAGCUCUGGGAGGGCGCCCAGGACAAGGGCGAGACCUCUGCUCACCAGGUCGCCCGCAGCAAGAUUGUCAUUGACGACGUCUUCUCCCACGACGACAACACCUGGCUCAGCAUCACCAGCCACUCUGGCGAGAUUGGUGCCAUCCUCACCGUGCUGAACCACCGCUCUUUCAGCCUAUCCACCGGCCAGAUCAUCCCCGUCCUCGUCAAGGCCGAGCUAGUUGAGCCCACCGUCGAGCCCACCAGCACCUACGCCUCCUUCACCAGCGAGCCCACCUGCAAGUCUCCUCCCAUCACCAGCAUUUCUGGCCAGGGAUGUGUGUGCGCCACUGCCACCACCACUUUUGCCACUGCCACCAUUACCUCUGGCUGCAAGGCUCAUCAACAACUCUAA